CGCUUGCCAAAACCAUUACCAGUAUUAAACUUAUUUGCGAGUCAGCAGACCACCUCUCAACUCUCCAAGUCAUUCCCCCACUGUCGGAAGAUCACCCCGUCUAUAAAACGACGAAAGCGAAGGCCUCCGUCACCGCGGAACUUCGCACGUGCCGAGGGGUUCUAGAAGGAGAGGAAUGUGGAAGCUCGCACGUGCGGCCUGCAACCUUCGUCAGCUGCGGCGAUACUCCGCUGCGAUGCCUGGACCUUGCAUCGUCCACAAGCGAGGAACUGAUAUUCUUCAUGAUCCUUGGUUUAACAAGGAUACGGGUUUCCCCCUGACAGAAAGGGAUCGGCUAGGACUGCGAGGCCUACUACCCCCAAGAAUUAUAUCAUUCGAGCAACAAUAUGAGCGUUUUAUGAAUUCAUAUCACUCACUGGAGAAUAACACUCGAGGCGAACCUGACAGUGUUGUAUCCUUAGCGAAAUGGAGGAUCCUAAACAGACUACAUGACAGAAAUGAGACUUUGUAUUACAGGGUACUUAUUGAUAAUAUCAAAGAUUUUGCACCUAUAAUAUACACUCCAACUGUAGGCUUGGUGUGUGAAAAUUAUGGAGGCUUAUUUAGACGUCCCCGUGGAAUGUAUUUCAGUGGAAAAGAUAAAGGGGAGAUGAUGUCUAUGAUCUACAAUUGGCCAUCACAAAAGGUCGACAUGAUAGUGGUGACAGAUGGGAGCCGCAUAUUGGGCCUUGGGGACCUUGGAGUUCAGGGUAUUGGAAUACCCAUAGGAAAACUUGAUAUGUAUGUUGCUGCUGCUGGCAUCAAUUCACAAAGAAUACUCCCUGUUAUGCUUGAUGUUGGUACCAACAACCAAAAGCUUCUAGAAGAUAAUCUUUAUUUAGGAUUACGGCAGCCAAGGCUGGAAGGAAAUGAGUAUUUAUCUAUUGUCGAUGAAUUCAUGGAAGCUGCACAUACACGUUGGCCCAAGGCAGUCAUACAGUUCGAAGACUUCCAAAUGAAAUGGGCAUUUGAAACUCUUCAGCGAUAUCGGAGAAGGUUUUGCAUGUUCAAUGAUGACAUACAGGGAACAGCUGGUGUUGCUCUUGCCGGGUUGCUUGGAGCAGUGAGAGCCCAAGGUCGUCCUUUGAAGGACUUUGUCAAGCAGAAAAUUGUAGUAGUAGGAGCUGGGAGUGCAGGGAUAGGGGUGCUUAACAUGGCUAAACAUGCAGCUUUGAGAAUGACUGGGUCAAGUGAAGAUAAUGAAACUCAUAACCAGUUCUGGCUACUUGACAAAGAUGGUCUUAUCACAAAAGACAGAAGGAACCUUGAUCCAGCAGCUGCUCCUUUUGCUAGAGGCUUUGGUAAAGGAGAGGUUGAGGGACUUCAGGAGGGUGCUUCACUCCUUGAAGUGGUUGAAAAAGUGAAGCCCCACGUGAUUUUAGGAUUAUCUGGUGUUGGUGGUGUCUUCGACAAGCAGGUGCUCAAGGCUAUGCAAAAGUCUGAUUCCCCCAGGCCUGCAAUAUUUGCAAUGUCAAAUCCUACAACCAAAGCUGAAUGCACGGCUGCAGACGCAUUCAAAUAUGCAGGAGAAAAUGCGAUUUUUGCUAGUGGGAGCCCAUUUGAAAAUGUUACUUUAGGAAAUGGAAAAGUAGGCUAUGUUAACCAAGCUAAUAACAUGUAUUUAUUUCCUGGGAUUGGGUUAGGGGCUCUUCUGUCAGGUGCUCGUCUUAUUUCAGAUGGGAUGCUUCAAGCAGCAGCAGAAUGCCUUGCCUCUUAUAUUACAGAUGAAGAUAUCAGAAAGGGGAUUCUCUUUCCUUCUAUCUCCAGUAUCAGGCAUAUCACUACCAAAGUUGGAGCAUCUGUUGUGUGCACUGCUGUUGCUGAAGAGCUAGCUGAAGGACAUGAUGAUAUGGAUGUCAAACAGCUGAAGCAGAUGUCAAAGGAAGAGACAGAAGAUUAUGUAGCUCGUAAUAUGUGGUACCCUGUAUAUAGCCCUCUUGUUCAUGAGAAAUAAGUCAACAUCCCAGCUUUCCCUCAUGCGGCUCUUAUAUCAGUCUGGUUUUUUUUCCCUUUGCUUUUACUGGAUAUCUUACAGUCACCCGGUGGAAUACUAGUUUUCUCCUGAGAGGCUGGACGUGAUAUUUACAGAGCUUGUUAUCGAACUUUUAAAGCUUUGGAUGCAAAUAAGCAAAUUUUGACUGUUCAUGUAUGAUGUUAAUCAAAAACAAAAGGUUGAAGGAGACAAAUCACCAUUAAGUGGCUACUUAAAAUGUGAAACACUUUGUAGUAUUGCUUGCAAGAAUAUAUUAUAUUUCAUUUUGCACGUUAUCCUUGA